AUGAAAAACUCUACACAGUUUUCAUAUUUCACUCUUGGUGCCUACUUUGAGGCUGGAGCUUUCAAGUAUGUAUAUUUUCUCAUUAUUAUGUUAUAUAUUUCUAUUAUUAGUUCCAAUGUCUUGCUGAUUGUGGUUAUCUGUGUGAACAGAAGCUUACAUGAACCUAUGUACAUGUUUCUGUGCAGCCUGUUUGUAAAUGAGCUGUAUGGUAGUACAGGGCUGUUUCCAUUCCUUCUGAUUCAGAUCCUCUCUGAUGUUCACACUGUUUCUGCUCCUCUGUGUUUCCUGCAGAUUUUUUGUGUGUACUCUUAUGCAAGUGUGGAGUUUUUAAACCUGGCCGUCAUGUCUUAUGACAGAUAUCUUGCCAUCUGCUGUCCUCUUCAGUAUCAUACACGUAUGACUUCUAGAAAGAUUGUCAUGAUCAUUGCUCUAACGUGGUUGUACCCUUUUCUUGGAGUAAAUGUUUUGAUUUCUUUGAGUGUUCCUCUGCAGCUGUGUGGGAACAUCAUUAACAAAGUGUACUGUGACAACUACUCCAUUGUUAAACUGGCCUGUUCAGACACCACAGUCAACAACAUCUGUGGAAUUGUUUACACUUUCACAGGAGUUCUUCUUGUAAUUUUAAUUCUUUAUUCUUACAUGAGGAUCCUUAAAGUGUGUUUUUCUGGAUCCAAACAGACCCGACAGAAAGCCGUCAGUACCUGCACACCUCACCUUGCUUCUCUGCUCAACUUCUCCUGCGGUGCCUUCUUUGAAAUUAUACAAAACAGAUUUGAUAUGAGACACGUCCCAAAUAUGUUGCGUAUUUUUUUAUCAUUAUAUUGGCUCACGUGCCAACCACUCUUCAGUCCUGUAAUCUAUGGACUGACUCUGACCAAAAUCCGAACUGUGUGUAAAAGUGUCAUUGGUAAAAUCCAUCUUUUUACACUUUGUCACAACUGA